CCUUCCAUGGUCAACAAUGAACAACGCCAACAUGCUGAGCACAUAUUCUUAUCAUUUAGAAAAUCAAAAUCACCAUUUGCUGUUUGCAAACAUAUUUUGGAAACUAGUAAAGUGGACUAUGUCCUUUUUCAAGCUGCUACAGCGAUAAUGGAAGCAGUUGUAAGAGAAUGGAUUCUCUUGGAAAAAGCUAGCAUUGAGUCACUGAGAACAUUCCUUCUAACAUAUGUCUUACAAAGGCCUAACCUUCAAAAGUAUGUUCGGGAGCAGAUUUUAUUAGCGGUAGCGGUGAUAGUGAAACGGGGAUCAUUAGACAAAUCAAUCGACUGCAAGAGCAUUUUCCAUGAAGUCAGCCAGCUGAUCAGCAGCGGUAACCCCACUGUGCAAACUUUGGCCUGUUCCAUUCUAACGGCGUUGUUGAGCGAGUUCUCAAGUUCAAGUAAAACCAGCAACAUUGGACUAAGCAUGGAGUUCCAUGGUAACUGUAAACGUAUAUUUCAGGAGGAUGACUUGCGGCAGAUCUUCAUGCUCACAGUAGAGGUACUUCAGGAAUUCAGCAGACGUGAAAACCUCAAUGCUCAGAUGUCUUCAGUGUUUCAGCGUUAUCUUGCACUAGCCAAUCAGGUCUUAAGCUGGAACUUCCUUCCUCCAAAUUUGGGCAGACAUUAUAUAGCUAUGUUUGAAUCCUCACAAAAUGUGAUGCUAAAGCCAACAGAAUCCUGGCGCGAGACUCUCCUGGACAGCAGAGUUAUGGAGCUUUUCUUUACAGUACAUCGAAAAAUCAGAGAAGAUACAGAUAUGGCCCAAGAUUCAUUACAGUGCCUGGCACAGCUGGCAUCUUUGCACGGGCCAGUCUUUCCUGAUGAAGGUUCUCAAGUUGAUUACCUGGCACACUUCAUUGAGGGAUUACUGAAUACUAUCAAUGGAAUUGAAAUAGAAGACUCAGAAGCAGUGGGAAUUUCCAGUAUUAUCAGCAAUCUGAUAACUGUAUUUCCCCGCAAUAUUUUAACGGCCAUUCCAAAUGAACUUUUCUCUUCAUUUGUUAACUGCCUCGCACACCUCACCUGUUCUUUUGGAAGAAGUGCUGCCUUGGAAGAAGUGCUUGACAAAGAUGACAUGGUAUAUAUGGAGGCAUAUGAUAAGUUACUGGAAUCUUGGCUUACUUUGGUCCAAGAUGACAAACAUUUCCAUAAAGGUUUCUUUACCCAACAUGCUGUUCAAGUCUUUAAUUCCUACAUUCAGUGCCAUCUGGCUGCUCCUGAUGGCACAAGGAAUUUGACUGCCAAUGGUGUGGCCUCUCGGGAAGAAGAAGAAAUAAGUGAGCUGCAGGAAGAUGACAGAGACCAGUUCUGUGACCAGUUGGCCAGUGUAGGCAUGCUGGGGAGGAUUGCUGCAGAACACUGCAUACCUCUUCUCACAAGUUUGUUAGAAGACCGAGUGACAAGACUCCAUGGACAGUUGCAAAGACAUCAGCAGCAGUUACUUGCCUCACCAGCAUCAGGUUCAAUUGACAAUAAAGUGCUUGAUGACCUGUAUGAGGAUAUUCAUUGGCUUAUUUUAGUCACAGGCUACCUCUUGGCUAAUGAUACUCAGGGAGAGACUCCGCUAAUACCUCCAGAAGUAAUGGAAUAUUCCAUUAAACAUUCAGCUGAGGUUGACAUCAAUACAACACUUCAGAUUCUGGGAUCUCCAGGAGAAAAGGCCUCUUCCAUCCCAGGGUACAACAGAACUGAUUCUGUAAUUAGGUUGUUAUCUGCUAUUUUAAGAGUGUCAGAAGUAGAAUCUAGAGCAAUAAGGGCAAAUCUCACACACCUCCUGAGCCCCCAGAUGGGCAAAGAUAUUGUAUGGUUCCUCAAGCGCUGGGCAAAGACGUACCUCCUAGUAGAUGAGAAGUUGUAUGAUCAGAUAAGUCUGCCAUUUAGUACAGCAUUUGGUGCUGAUACAGAGGGUUCCCAGUGGAUUGUGGGUUACCUUUUAGAAAAAGUGAUCAGUAACCUGGCAGUGUGGAGUUCAGAGCAGGACCUUGCAAAUGAUACUGUACAACUGCUAGUAACAUUAGUGGAAAGGAGAGAGCGGGCAAACUUAGUUAUUCAGUGUGAAAACUGGUGGAAUUUAGCUAAACAGUUUGCAAGGCGAAGCCCUCCUCUUCACUAUUUGUCUAGUUCUGUGCAGAGAACACUAAUGAAAGCUUUAGUUCUAGGAGGUUUUGCUCAUAUGGAUACAGAAACAAAGCAACAGUACUGGACAGAGGUUCUUCAGCCACUUCAGCAGCGCUUCUUGAAUGUGAUAAACCAAGAAAACUUUCAGCAGAUCUGUCAGGAGGAGGAAGUGAAGCAGGAAAUCACUGCUACGUUAGAAGCACUCUGUGGCAUUGCUGAGGCUACCCAGAUUGAUAACGUAGCAAUUCUCUUCAAUUUCCUAAUGGACUUCCUUAAUAAUUGCAUUGGAUUAAUGGAAGUAUACAAAAACACACCAGAGACUGUUAAUCUCAUAAUAGAAGUCUUUGUUGAAGUUGCACAUAAACAAAUUUGCUACCUUGGAGAGGCCAAAGCCAUGAACUUGUAUGAGGCCUGCCUAACUCUGCUCCAGGUGUAUUCCAAGAAUAAUCUAGGUCGACAACGGAUAGAUGUUACAGCAGAAGAAGACCAGUACCAGGAUCUCCUUCUUAUUAUGGAGCUUCUCACUAAUCUUCUAUCAAAAGAGUUCAUAGAUUUCAGUGAUACAGAUGAAGUAUUUAGGGGACAUGAGCCUGGGCAAGUUACAAACAGAUCUGUAUCAGCAGCAGAUGUUGUCUUAUAUGGGGUUAAUCUAGUUCUGCCUUUAAUGUCACAAGAUCUGCUGAAGUUUCCAUCCCUGUGUAAUCAAUAUUACAAAUUAAUCACUUUCAUAUGUGAGAUAUUCCCUGAGAAAAUUCCACAACUUCCAGAGGACCUCUUUAAGAGCCUAAUGUACUCACUGGAGCUAGGGAUGUCAUCAAUGAGUUCAGAGGUUUGCCAGCUCUGUCUGGAGGCUGUUACACCGUUAGCAGAACAGUGUGCAAAAGCACAAGAAACAGAUUCAACUCUUUUUCUAGCAACGAGGCACUUUCUUAAGAUGGUUUUUGAUAUGCUGGUACUUCAGAAGCACAAUACAGAAAUGACAACUGCAGCAGGUGAAGCAUUCUACACGUUAGUGUGUUUGCAUCAGGCUGAAUAUUCAGAGUUAGUUGAAACAUUGCUAUCAACUCAACAAGAUCCAGUAAUUUACCAGCGGUUAGCAGAUGCCUUCAACAAGCUUACUGCAAGCAGCACUCCUCCUACACUGGACCGUAAGCAGAAGAUGGCCUUCUUAAAGAGUUUAGAAGAAUUUAUGGCAAAUGUUGGUGGACUUCUCUGUGUAAAAUAAACAACAAAACUCUAUGCCUAAUUUAGACCCUUUCUGCAAAAUGCACUGAGAAAUGCUGAAUGCUGACUAAAUCUUGUACCGGUCUCUGGGUUCUUUGCAGCCAUCUCAGAUUCUAGAGAGCCUGGAGUUUGAACAUAACACCAUGGAAUAGGAGAGGUCAACUUUGAAUCAGCUUCUGCUAUUAUGUGUUAGCUCCAAUCUGUCAUACUUGGGUGUGGAAGAGAAUGAACAGAAAAUCUGAAUUGAAUUUUUUUCCAUUUAUGCGCAAACAGAUAUGGGCACAAUGAAAUAAAUGCAGUGCCUUUCCCCCUGUACUGGUUUAAAAUAUGAGUGGUCAUAUAAACAUACAGAUUCUUUUCUACCCAAAAUCAUGUUAGAAUGUGAUGCAGAUACAUAUAAAGCUAUAAAGAGUUUAGCUGAUUUUAAGCUUUAUUUUUCCUCUCUUAAAGUUUGAGUUUGUGUUCCAAUGAGGAAGAAAAACCAAAUGGUAUUUUAACUUUUGUUUAGUUCUGUUUUUCUACAUCAACCUGACAUUGCAGGUUUAAUGCAAUGCAGGUUUUUACAUUAUGUUCUGCUGCCUAAAGUUCAGAGAAAAAAAAAGGUGUAUAUUUUUGUUUCCCUAAAAUGAACUUUAGGAACUGUAGCCAUUUCAUUGCCUUAAUUUAAAAGAAAAGAAAAGCUCAUAUACUUUAGGUAAGAAAUUUAAGGCAAGAUUUGACUCUUAAGAGUUGGUUUAGGAUGUUGGCACUGAGCUGCUGUGUACCUGUUGCAGCCAUUUAUGUUGAUGUGUUGUUUUGGAAUGAGUGUCUAAUGCAAGGUUCAUGUGUAGUUUUACUUUCAGUAUCUGUUUCGAUUCUCACCUGGGUUGCACGCCAACUGCAAUGUAUUUCUACACUGAACUGUUUGCUUAAGCAAUAACAACCCAAAAGGUGUGAAUUACUGGCAAACUUUGUAAAAUUGGGGCAUUAGCUAAAACAAUUAUGUUAGCACAGGACAUCAAACCCUUUUACUCAAGCAUGUUUAUUUGACUCCAGUGGGGAAAUGUAAUUGGGAAGUCUGUGCUGUAGGAGAUUUUUGUUUUUGCUGAAUCUAGUCCCACUUCUGCAGAGCUCUCCCAGCUGCUCUGGCUUGGUUUUUUAUACCAGCACUUUAGCUGUUAUCAUAGCAGAAGUGCUCUGAGUAUAUAGAACCAACAAGGGAGAGCAGCACAUGAAUAUGAAAUCAAGGCCUGCUUUUUUUUCCUGUCAUGAGCCACAGGAAACUGGAGCAAACACAAAUGCUGCAUGUCUAGUAAAAUUAUUUUUGUGGAAAUACACAGAGGCAGAAGUGGGCCUUUCUGUUUAAGAUCUCUGCUAGAUUAUGCUGUUAAAUAUUUCCCAUGUGUUUUUACAAUUUAUAUAAAAAGUCUGGUAUACACCUUUAUAUGGCAACAUAAAGCUUCAUGUUUGCAAUUCUGUGCCAUUCUUCAGCUAUUCAUCUCAAAAUUAGUCACAACAGCCAGAAUCUCACAACAGACACAAAUCUCUAUACUGUGCUAUACGUGAUCUAAAGCUUUUUUUUUCUUUUUUUACAAGUAAAUCUGUUAGUGUCUCAAGCAUGGAUCCUCAAGGCCAAAAAUGCCAUCUCUUUAUUAUACUUUUCUUAUUAAUGUGAAAACUGGGCAAGGGCAGAUUUACACAUUACAAAGUGACCAUAAAACGUCUUAGAUAAUAGUUUACCUUCCCAGAUAGUAUUUUAUUUCUAAGAUACUUACUACUUGCAUAGUAUUCUAGAACAGGGCUAUUGCUCUCAAUUUUUCUUGAAACUCUAGUGUUUCUCUUUAAAGGAUUUCUUGACUGUGCACUUGCACAAAAUACAAUCAUCCUGGCAGAUCAUUCUAUUUCAAACUAUUGUGAUGGCUGAGUUUUUAUUUUUAAAUUGGGGUUUGCUGUUUUUGAAACUGCUUCUGGAGUUUUUCUGAACUUGUACAUUGGAUGAGGGAGAAGUUCUGAAACCUCAUUUUUUUUCAGAUGAAGGGCCAUAAAGCCUGGGAACAUCAGCAGCAGUAGGAGCUGCUGGUUUGUUAUGAUGUGCUUGAUGUCAGACUGAAGUCUUCAAAGAGAUCAUAGCAAAUAUUCAAUGUUUUGGGUCUGGCUGAGUAACUGAUACACUCAGUCAUCCUUUCUUUUAUAACUAGCUCUGUCACUGUUGUUUUAUUAAUCCUAAAGCUGGCUCACUAUUUAAAAAUAUUUAUUAACUUUAAAGUUUUGAAAUCUUCUUGCAUAUUGUGGUGAACAGGAGCACAAACUGAGUUUAUAUUCUGGGCAAAGUAAUGUGCAUACUCAUUAUUUUUCUUGUUAGGUCCAUUGUGUUAUAACAAGCAGAGACACACAGCAUUUUUAAAUAUCAAGACUUUAGCUAAAGUAUGAACACCCACUUUCGAAGACUAGUUUUAAAGGUGGUUUAAAAAUUUCCUUUGCCCUUCAUUUAAAAAUAUUAUAUGUUAAAGGAAAACUGAGUAGUGAGAUAUUGGGGGGUUUUUUGUAAUUUCCUGCUUGAUGGUACACUUUCCUGUUUUUCUUAAUUUUCCUUUCAUUCUCAUAUAUUCAACAGGGAUUUUUCCAUGCCAUUUUAUGUUUCUUUUAGAGCAAUGCUAAGGUGUCUCUGCUUAGUGACAUCCAUGAAAGGGUUACAAAGGCUUAUGGAAAUAUGUCCUGUUCAUUUAUACUGCUGCUGGUUUGGUGACUGCUUCUACCUGAGCUAUUUGGCAUCUGUAUCCCUACCAAAAAAAAAAAUAGAAAAAAAGGAAUCUUCGGUGAUCUUCUGCACAUCCAGUUGCUGUAAAUUGGUAUGUGAAAGCACACUGAGGUCCACAGGAAGGACUCAGACUGUUUGUAGUGAACACUGAGAGCUGACUCCACAUAAGUGUUCUGAAAGUUUUAUAGCACCAUUGCAUUGAUUUUCCAUUCACUGUGGAAAGUGAAUAAUGGUUCUAAAAAUGCACCUGUUCUUUGAAGGAAGAAAAAAGGCAAUUCAAACAGAGUUAUAAAUGCUGCAUUAUAUAAUUGUAACAAAUGUAUUUGUCUAGACUUUUCUUGCUGAAACAGUUAUUGAAACAACUAAUUGACCAGUGUUUUCAUUCUGAGACUAGCUUCUUUUCCAUUUUGCUAGCUCCAUCCCCAUUCUAAUAGUUCUAAUGCUGGCGUAAUAAUUUUGUUCGACCUAUUGGCCUAAGUUCAAUCAUAAAAUUCAAGACCUUGUUGAAAGCACAGAUACACAGGGACAGGGAGAAGUGGACUGGAUGCAUGAAACUUCCACUUGCAUGUGCGUUUAUGCCUUAAUUAGCCUCACUGAAUUACUGCCAGAAUCUGCUGCUUUUUUGCCCAGAGGUUUGUGUUUCACUAUUUAAUGGUAAAGGACUCACCUUUUUUCCUCAGGAAUGAGAAACUUGUUUUCUCAGCAUGUCCAAAUCCUACUAGUUGAAAGAGGGGGUUUGAAUUGGAGUCAUUACUUUCAUAGUGAGUAGAACUUACUAAAGCCCCAGUGUUUACCUGGGCAAAUCCCUUUAUAUCUAAGCCAUGUAGUUUUAGAAAAUAAGCUUGCUCAGAGCAGUCAGUUGUCCAUUUAAAAUCUAGUUCUUUAAAAGGGAAAGCAAGUUCUAAUUUGUGAUCUGUAAAACUAUUUAAAAAUACAAAAUUGCAGCAUUUUGUUUGUAAAACACUUCAAGGAAUUUCGGGUUUGGUUAAUUACAUAAGAAGGGGUGUUUUUUUAAUGGAAGUAGCUUGAUGAAUAUAAGCGCAGGAGUAGGAGCCAGGCUCCUCUAAUUUUGUAGUCUAUUUCCACAGGAUCCUCUGUGGCCAUUGGCAAGUCACUAGAACUGUGUUGUUGUUAAAAUAGCAUUAACACCUACCUACCUCACAGGGAUGUUGUGAGGAUUAGCUUAUGCCUAUAAAAUGCUUGAGGAUCUGAGAUGCUAUGUAAAUAUUAUAUACUUUAAUUUUAGUUUUGUGAGGUGUAAGAUUUACUGUCAUGAAAACAGAUUUCCAUAAUUGUAAAGCCCAGGAGAGGCAGCAGCGGUGCAGUAUUCCGAGGACUGAUGUACUGCAGUACAGUAAUGCUUGCUGUAAAUUGUCAUUAUUCAAUUACAGCCAAUUGAAAUGGUGACUUCUUAAAUAAGGUGAGAUUUCCCACCAGUGUGCCUCAGUUCUGAUCUACAAAGGGAGAGGACAGAUAUAGGUUAUUCAGGCUUUGGUGCCUCUGCUUGUGACAAGUGCUACUUGUGGUGGUAGGGUUUUUUGUUUGGUUUACUUUUGGGUUUUUUUGCAUUUUUCUGUAAGGAACAAACACCACACAUUUCUCCCAUGUCUGUUCUAGUCACUAAGUACAACUAAAGCCUAAUUAUAACAAUUAAAAUUUAAAGACCCAGCCCUGCUCCCGAUAAAUUUGCAUUUGAUUAGAUUGUGCUCCAUUUCCAGUAAAUUAGAUUAAUGUUUUCUAGCACUGAUCAUGAAGUAAAUCAUGAAGUGUGUUUUGAUCUAGAGCCUCAAACUCUCAGCUAUCUUCUAAAACUCUUUUUUCAGUAUGAGAUUUCUUGGGGCCCUAGAAACAGAGAAGUAAGAUACCUCUGGCUUUCUCUUCAGUGAAUUAAAAUUGAUUCUGCUUUUUCAUUUCUUCCCAUUCCCUACCCUGCUUUUCCUAUCCUUUUAAGCUGUUCUUAAGCAGAUUUGGAAGGCCCUUCCAAACUCAAGAGGAAGAUACUACUAUCCAUGUAAUUUUCCAAUCUGUUACAGCUUAAUACUUGAAAUUAAUAAAAACCUCUCUAAUAGCAUUUGCCACACAUUUCACUCUCCCGUUAAACCAUUCGGAGUUUUUAAUUAGAGAAAAAAAUAAACCUAUGUUAUUUGUUCUCUUUGUGCAAAAUAAGAAACCUCCAUGCAGUGAACAUGCAGUUUUAAGGCAAUAAAUGCUAGUACUGCUGUUGGUCAAGUGUGUAAAUAUUUUAAAUGUGUCUUUCAAUACUGUGUUGAGUUUAUAUAUUAAAAACACAGGGAUUGAAGUGCUAGUUGAUUUUAAGUAUUGUUUUACCUGUACAGUUGAAAAUAUGAAGUUGCAUAGAAGUAUUUCACAGUUUAUUGCAAUAAGAUUUGGGAAAUGGCUGUGUAAUCAAGCCUUAUCAUGACUGAAUUUUCAAUUUUGAAAUGAUCACUUUGUGUAUUUUAAGAUCCGUAAGCAGGAAGAGGUUAAAAUUGUUUUCCACUAAAGACUUUUUUUAUUUUGUUUUGGCCACGUGUCAUUUGUGUGUAUUCUUUUUUAAUAUUUUUCUAAAAUCUCACCUGUGUUAAAUCCAUGAAAAAGCAUUUCCAUCCUUACAGUGGAAACAUAAAUAGCAACAUUAUAAACCUUAGGCUACACCUUUUGCUCUUUGGCUACAGUGACUGCACAGUAAUUAGGUUCAAAGUUGGUGGAGCAACUUGAGUUUAAGUCAGCACUUAAGGCAUGAGUUUGUCCAUCAACAGAAAAAAGUGUGAUUAGGGGUGCAACAGCAGUAUCUCACACUGGACUCUAAUUACCAGAAAUGACUGUGAAUAUAUAAUCAGAUGAAUCUUUUCCCCCAUCUUCCAAACGAAGUUUUAACAGUGACUUUUCAGGUCACUAUUAUUGGUGGCAUUUGUCUACUCAAAAGGAAUACUGAUUUCUGGGUCUUUAUUGUGUGUGUGUGUGUGUGUGUGUAUUUAAUCUAAACAGUUUUUAUGAUGGUAUCUGGCACAGAAGUGUUCUCCAAGCUCAUAAUCUGUUCCUAUGUUCCUAAGGAACAUCUCACAGGGUGUUACUCCAUGGAUAUCAGGAAAGUUCAGUUACAGGCAGCAGUUCCUAAUGUGCUAUAACACAAUUACAUUAGAUAAACUACAUCUAUUUUCUGUUGUUCCCCUCUUACUUCCAUGCACUCACUUAUUUUAGAAAAGGAAAAAAAAAAAGCUUCACAAAUCCUGAAAGUAAAACUACGCAACAACUAUGGCGGUGAUAGCUUGCUAUAUAUCUUGGCUGUAUGUAUCACUAGAAUUUUACUGGUUUCAAAUGUAAGAUUAUGCAGUUAUAUAUUUAUAUUAGCAUGGUUUAAUUCAGUGAAUAUUUUGGGGAAGGACAGAAACAUUUAAGGUAAUUUUGAGGAAAUUCCUGAAAGCAAUGGGUAAGACUAACAGCAGCAUAUCCAAGAGCCUUUCUUAUAGAAAAUGGAACUAUUCUGCUUUACCUUAAAUAUGAGUUCUGGAAUAAACUUGAAUGAUUUGGGUACAGAGCCUUUAUUCACACUUGUUUGUCUAUACACAAACCCCAUCAAUUUUGCCUUUUUUGAAACUUAUAUUGGCUUGAGUUGUGAGUGGUGGAGUUGGUGGUGGAUUUUUUGCUUCGGUGAUUUGCCAUGUCUUACAAGCAGAAAAGUAGAAAAGUGCAACCCUCCAAGUGUUACUUGUCUGGACAGCCAACCAAGGAGCAGGUUGUACAUGAACUGGAAGAGGGAAGGAAGAGAAGAAAGUGAUAGCUUUGCAGUCUUAUCCGGAAAAACAGAUCAAUCUACAAGAUACAAGUGUUAUUCUGUAACUUUUAACCUAUGACAUCUUGAAAGGGAUUAAUAAAAGCCCCCCAUUUUACCAAAAAGUUUCUUGGGGGA